AUGAGAACAGUGACUUCACAAGGGCUUCCUCCAAGACAGUUCCCUACUUCGGGCUAUGUAACCUUAGAUCCCCUAGAUAAGAUUGAGGAAGAGACCUUACCAUUAUAUAAACCGGAGAAUUACUAUCCCGUUUUCAUUGGCGAAGUUUUCGGUUCCAGAUACCAAGUGGUUUCAAAGCUGGGAUAUGGCACUUCCUCUACUGUUUGGCUUUGCCGGGAUCUUCGGGAGGGGAAUCACUAUACCUUCAAAAUGUGUGCAAAGGGUGAAAGCUCUGAUCGAGAAAUUGCUAUCUCGAAACAUUUGGAGCAAUCCGUUAGUGAAGGCAGAAAAAGGAUGCUCCGCAUGGUCCUUGACUCCUUUGAUGUUGUUGGACCAGAAGGGAGAUUGUUUGUCUGCCUGAUAUACCAGCCUCUUGGAAUGAGUUUCACUGAGUUUCAAGAUUUGCUUCCCGAUCAAAGGUUCUCGAAGGACCUCAUCCAAAGAAGCACCCAGCUUAUAUUAGUAGCAUUGUCUUCUAUGCAUGAGAGCGGUGUUACCCAUACCGAUAUUUCACCGAACAAUAUACUUCAAGGGGUGAGAGAUAGCUCUAUAUUAUCCAAGAUGGAGGAAGAUGAAUUAAAACGGCCGAUUGCCCGAAAGGUUCUGAGCGAUCGGAAUAUUCACUACUCCCGCCCCAUGCCUGUCUGUUCAGGUCUUCCUGUGGUCUCCGAUCUAGGUGAAGCUAGAUUCGGAAAAGAAAAGUACUAUGGUGAUAUUAUGCCGGGGAUUUAUCGCGCGCCAGAAGUCAUCUUAGGAAUGGAAUGGGAUUACAAGGUUGAUAUUUGGUCAAUUGGCAACAUGGUUUGGGAUCUUGCAGAGGGCCAUCAUCUUUUCUUUGCCAAAGAAAACGGAACUCUCAGCGAUGAGCAACAUCUGGCUGAGAUGGUAUCUCUAAUGGGCCCUCCACCGCCAGAAUUCCUAAUGAGGAGUAACCAAUGCGAAAGAUUCUGGGACGCAGAAGGCAAUUGGAAAGGCUCUCUAUGUAUACCAGAGCAGACUUUUGGGCUCAGAGAGCUGCAUUUUUCUGGGGAGGACAAGGUUCUUUUUCUAAACUUCUUGCGCAGGAUAUUUCGAUGGCUUCCGGAAGAACGUCCGACAGCAGAAGAGCUUGUGUAUGAUGAUUGUCUAAUGCAGCCGAUCAUGGUAAAAGAGAUCAAUAAGUUGGGGGCUCAAUUUGGGUAG